UCACUGGAAGUUAUCAGAUAAGAAAGUGAGGUAUCUGUUAUGUUACAAUCAUGAAAACUGGGGUGGCUGGUUGCUCAUAGAUCAUAACUAUGGAUAAACACAGAUUCUCCCUACUUUUAUUAGAACCUGGGGAGAUCUAUUUUGAGGACUACAGUGUUCAUUUUCAAAGCACUGAUGGCAAAACACCUUCGGAAAUCGGAAGGCUCAAGGUCUGUUCAAAAUCCCUUGUUUUCGAUCCUCAGAACCACCAUAAGCCCAUAGUGAAACUCCUUUUAAAAGAAUGCACCGAAAUUUCGCGCUACGAAACCAAUGAUUCUGUCAGCACCAGCCCCCAUUUACCAGGUUACCUGACGAUCGUCCAGGGAUAUGUUCCAGACUUUCAAUCAGAGAAUGACGCAAACACAAAUGUUUUACAAGUGAAUUGUAAACAACAUAUAGAAAUUUCAGAAGGGAAUGUCCUCGCUCCAUAUAAAUUUAAGAAUUUUCAGAGAACGUUUUUAUUUUCUUUGAACUACGCUCAUAUAAAAGAUUGCUUGCCACUUGUAUCUCAGUUACAUCGCGCAUCUACACUGCCUGCUGCAGAACAAAAUCAAAUGGUGGCGGCGAUUGAAUUAUCAAGGCAGUCUUUAGUAAAGUUUGACCCACUUUGGCUUCAGGAUGUUGAUGAGCAUAUUGUUUUGGAAACCACUGGAAACAAAGUCACACCACUUGUCAUGAAUCACGGCCGAGUGAUUCUCUCAACAACCACUCUGUAUUACCAACCAUUCAAUAAAAUUGAACCUUAUCACAUCCUGAAGAUAAGUCUUUUAGAUAUUAAGAGUAUUACUAAAAGGCGUUUCCUUCUUCAACAUGUUGGUUUAGAAAUAAGUUAUAAAGAUACACAUCUUUACCUUUCACUGAAGACAAAAUCAGAUCGGGAUUUGCUGUAUGAUUGUCUACUUGCUCAACCCCUAAAUCUUGUAGAUUCGCAUCAAGAAAUUAUGACUUUACAGUGGCAGAAUGGAGCCAUUUCUAAUUAUGAAUAUCUGCUUUAUUUAAACAGCCAGGCAGAUAGAACUUUUAAUGAUUUAACACAAUAUCCAGUGUUCCCGUGGGUAAUUUCAGAUUACACUUCAUCUCAACUAGACUUGUCGAACGCCCGAUCAUUCAGGGAUUUGUCAAAACCGAUUGGCGCAUUGAAUCUAGAGAGGUUUCAAAAACUCAAGGAGAGGUACGAUGAGAUGCCUCCACCGAAGUUCCUCUACGGCUCGCACUACUCCGCCCCUGGGUUCGUACUUUUCUACCUUGUGCGAAAGUACCCGCAUUACAUGCUCUGCCUCCAGAACGGGCGAUUUGACCACCCCGACAGGAUGUUCAACAGCAUCAGCGACGUGUGGAGAAACGUUCAGACCAACAUGUCAGACUUCAAGGAGCUCGUUCCGGAAUUCUAUGAUGUGUCAAACGAAGGGGAUUUUCUUGACAACCUGAAAGGCAUUCAGUUCGGCUACAGGCAUGACGGGACAAAAGUAAAUAAUGUUACUUUGCCACCUUGGGCAGAAGACAGAGCGGAUUUCGUACGCAAACUCAGAGAUGCCUUGGAGUCAGAUUAUGCAUCUGCACAACUCCAUGAUUGGAUUGAUUUGAUCUUUGGCUACAAACAACGAGGUGAAGAAGCAGAAAAGGCAAAUAAUGUAUUUUAUUAUCUGUGCUACGAGGGUUCAGUUAAUCUUGAAGGCAUUAAGGACUGGAAUGAGAGGCACUCGAAAGAAGUUCAGAUCAUGGAGUUUGGACAAGUUCCAAAACAGAUCUUCACACAACCGCAUCCUAGAAGACAUUGUGCUAUACCGCCUUCAGUCAGUCCGACUGGUAAGUUUGAAAAUACUUUGAUUUUUUCAUUACAACUAAUCAUAUGUUUUUUAGUCAACUGGAGAAACUUGGAAGAUAUGGCAAUCAGCGCGGAGAUCAGUUGUCACAAAAUGGGCGUGACUGCCCUCUCGUUGAGCUCUGACGGCAGACUUGUUGCAUCCGUUUCGAGUGAUUCUACAUUAAAGAUCCAUAACGCGAUAUCAGCCACUCGAGAAAGAAGUGUCAAUUUAAGCGGCCUGCCUUUAACAGCAGUUCUUAUACUUAACGACUCGACUACUGUUUUAGCUGGUUCAAUGGACAGCACUUUGAUUGUUUAUGAUGUCGAAUGUGGAAGGAUUGUCGAACGAGUUAGAGGACAUGAAGAUGCCGUUUCUUGCUUGGCCUGGGCUCCUCCUUCUUUAGUUUUAACUGGUUCGUGGGACUGUUCAGUCCGGGUCUGGAAAUUGAGGAAACCUUUGACGAGUAUCAAACCAGCAUCAGAUCUCAUUGCUCAACUGGAUCAUGAUGACAAAAUAAUGUCAAUUGCUGUUAACAACUCCUACACUUUGUUGGCUACAGGAACUUCGGAAGGAGAAAUAUUCCUUUGGUCAUUGAAAUCCUUUUCAAUAGUAAAAAGCCUUCCAGGUCAUAAAGAAGCAGUCAAUAGCAUUCAGUUUUCUGCUGAUGGGACGAAAUUGGUGACAUGCAGUGAUGAUAGAACUUUGAAGGUGUACGAUCUUUGCACAGGGACUGUUGUCUUUUCAAAAUGUCUUAUUCAAAAACUUAAAUGUUUAGCUUGGGAUGGCAAAACGCUACUUAUUGGUGGGGCUCAUGGUAGUUUAUACCUUUGGGAUCUUGUCAAUGUUACACUCGUCAAAGAGAUUAAAGCUCAUAACGGUGCUAUUUUAUCGAUUUGCGUAGCUGAUGAUGGUGGUGUUGUCGUAACUGGCGGUGAAGACAAGAAGUUGAAAAUUUGGAGAUAGCAUUUGGGAAUUAAAAGACUUCUUAACAACCUCAAAAUUUUGGGACUUUUCAAAUACAUUUUAUUGUAAAUAUAUGUAUAUGUAAUAUUCAACAUGUUGUAAAAGGCUUAAAGUCCAUUUUUUAAAUAAUGGCUGUGAUUUAUUAUGUGCAAUUUGGUUCCAUACAAUAUUGCCAGGGACAAAUUUAUAAAUAUACAUAUUUAAUUCUAA